AUGUGGUCUCCCCCCAGCCAGGGCCAGCCAGGGCCCCUAGCCAGAAGGCAGCGCAGAGGUAGCAUGGGCCGUGGCCCCUGAGCUGACCAGCUUUGCCAUGGGGAACAGCAGUUCUCACAACAGGACCAAAGCGCCCAAGCAGCCCUGCAAGGAGAGGCCACCAGACAUGGACCAGGCCCAGGGGCAACAGCUCUUCAGCCACUUCAAGCAGAAGAAGCCGAAUGUCAAGAUCGUGCUGCUUUUCCCUCUGGCCAGGCGGCAGCAGCGGACUGAGGCGGCGGCGGGUCCCAGGGCGCGGGCCCAGCAGCCAAAUGAGGGCGCGACUGGCGUCCGCGCCGGCCUCCCGGCAUCGUCCACGCUCCGAGGAGCAGGCGACGGGCCUGAUCGGCGCCAGCGCGCGCACAGGUGCGAGCUGAAGGUCCAGGUCCUACUCUUGCAGCUGGAUGCAUGGCGGCAGGAAGAAGGGCAGCGCGUAGGGGGCGGGGCCAGAGCUAGGGGCGGAACCUCUUCCCAGGGGGCGGGGCCGAAGCCCUCCGGGCGCCCGCAGCGACUAUUCUCGCGCCCCGUGACCCCGAGAGAGGCGGACGCGGAGCGAGACCACCGCGAGCAGCGGCGGCGCUGCAUUCGCUGCAUUCGCGCUCGGCCCUGAGUGCCCGCCCGGGUCCGGCCUAAUAAAGAGCGCACAGCAA